UAAGGUAAAAAAAUGAUGUGGAUCUCAAGAACUAGGUUAAGGUUUGGUCUUUCUUCUUCCAUUCCCAAGUAUCAUCCUUUUCUUUCAAACCCUUCUUCCCUCUCUUCCUUUGGCUCUCACACUCAGACCCCAUUACUUGAGGAUCACUAUGUUCAUCAAGCUGUUUUCCAAUUCGAAAGCAUGAUUCGUACACGCCCUGUUCCUCCCAUGUAUGAAUUUGGUAAGAUUUUGGGAUCCCUUACAAAGAUGAAGCGCUACCCUACUAUUAUUUUCCUUUCUAAGCAAAUGGAGAUCAAGGGAAUUCACCAUAACCUUGUUACUCUCAACAUCCUCAUCAAUUGUUUCUGUCACUUGUCUCAAAUGACAUUUGCUUUCUCAAUAUUCGGCAAAAUUUUCAAACUGGGCUAUCACCCAAGUGUCGUAACCUUAACUACACUCAUGCGAGGUCUCUGUACAAAUGGUGAGGUGAGAAAAGCACUCAACUUUCACGACAAGAUGGUAGCACAAGGAUUUCGGUUCAACGAAGUUGGUUACGGGACUUUGAUCCAGGGAUUGUGCCAUAUUGGAGAAACCAACGCUGCCAUACAGUUACUCAGAAUAAUUGAAGUUCGAUCAAUUAAACCUAAUGUGGUAAUGUACAAUACAAUUAUUCACCAUCUAUUCAUUGAUGGACGUGCAAAUGAGGCUUUUGAUUUGUAUUCUGAAAUGGUUGCCAAGGGAAUUUCUCCUACUAUUGUAACAUGCACUACUCUGGUUUAUGGAUUUUGCAUUCUACAUCAUUUACGAGAAGCAAUUGACUUCAUAAAUGAGAUGAUAUCAAAUAACAUCAGACCAAAUAUUUAUACUUAUAGUAUUCUCAUUGAUGCCUUGUGUAAAGAAGGAAGGAUAAGACAAGCCAAGAAUGUGUUAGCUAUGAUGGUGAGAGCUUAUGUGAAACCUAACAUUUUUACGCUCACCAGUUUAAUGGAUGGGUAUUACUUAGUUAACGAGGUGAAGAAUGCAAAACAUGUAUUCAACCUUAUUACUAAGUUAGGAGUGACACCUACCGUUCACAGCUACAGUAUCAUGAUUAAUGGAUUAUGUAAGAGUAAAAAAGUGGACGAGGCAAUGAAUCUGUUUCAAGAUAUGCAUAAGAGAAACAUGGUUCCUGAUACAGUGACCUACAGUUCUCUUAUAGAUGGUUUAUGCAAAUCUGGAAGAAUAGCUUAUGUUUGGGAUCUUAUUUAUGAGAUGCAUGAUAGAAACCAACAACCGGAUGUAAUCACUUACACUUGCUUGAUAGAUGCUUUAUGCAAAAACUAUCAUUUAGACAAGGCAUUUGAAUUAUUGAAGACAAUGAUGGAAAAGGGAAUUCAACCGGAUAUGUACACCUGGAACAUACUUAUUGAUGGAAUGUGCAAAGGGGGAAGACUUGAGAAGGCACAAGAGAUCUUUCAAGAUCUUUUAAUUAAAGGCUACCCUUUAGAUGUACGUAGUUAUAGUAUUAUGAUCCAUGGUUUUUGUAAAAAGGGUUUGGUUGACGAGGCAUUGAACUUAUGGUCAAAAAUGGAAAACAAUGGUUGCUUGCCAGAUGCAAUAGCUUUUGAGAUAAUUAUUACGGCUCUCUUUGAAAAGGAUGAGACUGAUAAGGCAGAUACAUUUCUUCGUGAAAUGAUAUCUAGAGGCUUGUUGAAAUCAUAAAAGGUUAAACCUCAUUUCCAUAUCAAGUUAUACCUUUCCUAUAUGUUGGAACAGAGGACUUGGUUCAUGGAGUGACCCUCUUUGAUGUUUUCCUUGUUGCAUAUUCGAUGCAAAGAGUUGAUAUUUCUUUAAAUUUUCCCCUGCAUUUUGAUUGCUAUCAAACUUCUGUGUUCCUUGAAAUUGGAUUUUUAUUGUAGAAUUUGUUUAAAUGAUUAGUAGAGGGGUUGGAAUCAAUGAUCGCAAUGUGUAAAUCCUGAUGUCUUCGUUUUUCCAAGUUCAUUGUACUUUUAGUGAUUCUCUAUCACAUAAGAACAUCAUUGAG